AUUGAAAUUUCAGAACGGAAAGAGAUCUGUAAAUACCGCAGUUUAUUUAUUUUCACAUAAAUUAUUCACAUUCUUAUUUCACACUAUUUAUAAACACAAACAAACCACACGGAUGCUAUAAAUACUUUCGAUCGAAGUGUCAAGUGCAUUAUAAAUUGGUGUUCGACUGCAUGACCGUAUACAUUUUUUAAAAUGAGAUAUCUAUUUUUAACAACAAUUUUUAGCGUUGUUUUCGCAUAUGAAAAGGAUAUGACAUUCACAGUACAAGCGGGAAAGAUGGAUUGUUUCUACCAGAAGGUUUUGCCAAACGAAGUAAUCGACAUAGAGUACCAGGUAAUAGACGCGUCGCACGGCGAGCUGGACAUAUCGUUCCAGCUGGCGGACCCUGUGGGCCGCGUGAUCGUGGCCGACUACAAGAAGCCCGAGAACUCUCACCAGCACACCGCCGCGCUCAACGGCGACUACCGGUUCUGUUUCGACAACAGUUUCAGCACGUUCAGUCAGAAAACUGUGUUUUUUGACUUGUUAAUAGACACAGAGGAGGUGGAAGACAAAGACUAUGACGAGGACAAGGAGUUAGAGUUAGGUAACGCAGCGGAGACGUACAUGAUGCGCGUGCGCGACAUAUCGGAGUCGGUGAACCGCGUGCGCGACAACGUGUCGGCCGCCAAGCGCCUGCAGGAGCUGCACUCGGCGCACGAGGCGCGCGACCGCAACCUCGCCGAGGACAUGUGCGACAGGGUAAUGACGUGGUCGCUGGCUCAUAUGGUGGUCAUGAUGAUCGUCGGUGUAAUACAGGUCCUAUUUGUAAAAAGUUUGUUCCAAGACCACCGCGUCACUGGGUUCAAGAGGUUUGUGCCGAAUUUCUCGUCUGAUUAACGCCAAAUCCCAGCCAAGUUACUGCAGGGCUGUACUACGUCAUUAAGUUAGGGGUCGCGCGUGGGUCGUGACCCACAGUCGAAUAUUCCUAUUAUUGUUACCGCGUGAUAUUGUUAAGUAUAGUUUACUGCAAUUAAUUUGGUGUCGGCAGUUUUGGUUUACAUAUAAAUGUGUGUACAGAAUAACUCAUAUGGAAAAAGGAAAGCUACGAAUAAAGACGAGGGAAUAACGAUUUCCGUUCUCGAAUAAUGUGCUCCUGCUUUUGCAAUGAACACAUUACCGAUACCCAAUGGUAUAAUGAAAUAUUUCGGAAUUACCAAAAUUGCCCAGGCGCCGAAUUAAUUGCGAUUAAAAUUUUUUGAUUUCAUCCAGUGGGGGUCGUGGGACCCAUCGACUUUUAUUGUAACUACAGGGUUGACGUAAUCUAAAUUCAAUGACCUUAGAUUAAUAGUUUUGACGGUUCAUCACUAUCAUAUUAAUAUAUGAAUUGUAAAAAUAUAUAAUGUAUAGAAUAGUAGAGUCCGUUGACGGCGCACGCCAUAUUUUUUUUUUUUACUUUAUAUAAAUAUAUAUGCCAAAAUGGAUUUCGAUGAACAUUUCAAUCAAUUUUGAUACGUAAUACUCCAGUGUAAAUGAGCAAUAAGAAUUUAUUUAAGAUUUUCGAAAUGUCGGCUAACACUCGCUGGUAAAGCAUUUGUUAACUUCAGCUCCGUGCAUUGCUUUCCCAUAGUAAGUCCUACUGCACCCUUUUCAGGAUCUAAAUACCCAAGACGUGGUCUAUCUGUGGAUCAAACUUUCGUCUAAAUCCAUCCAAUAACUUAUAAGUUAACUUCUAACAAACAUUCAUAGAGACAUCUACUCGAAGUUCAAAAUAUUUGGAGAUAAACAACUAAGGAAAUAAUGGUAUAAUAUCAACUACAGAGGCAGUAGCGUAGCUAGACAUACAGGGGCCCUAUAUCUAAAUUUGUUAGGCGCUCUUCAGGGCAGUGCGAACUUUAGGGUGCUUGCUUAGUUUAAUGCAAGUAUGAGCCAAGAGGGGCCCCAAAGCUCGGGGGCACUGUACCACUGUGCGAUGAUGAUGAUGAUGAUGAUUCAACGGUAGCUACACUCCUGUACAGAGGCCUUAUUCUCUUUGCCAUACGAUAUAUUGACAGCGCGUAACAAAGACGUAACGCACCAUUUAAGACAAUAGAAAUUGGUAUACAGAAUGCCAUCCAACGCUAAUUAUAUAAAGAUAACGUUACACAGCGAUGUUAGGAGUUAACAUUGUCAUAGAGAAUAGGGCCCCUAUUAAUGAUUCAUUCGUAUCGAGUUUUUAAUUCGACGAAGUAGCAUUAUUUUCACAAAUGUUGCCAAUUAACCCUUAAUGAUGUUCUGCCGAUAAAAUGGAAAAAACAUUAAAAGAAAAGGUAAUGACAUUGGAGUUAUUAUUACAUUAAAAACUCCAAUUUUUUUUAUAAUUUAUCUAUGUAUAAUUAGUUCAAACCUUCAAGUCUCAUUGUUUCGUUCCAUAGAACCAGUUUAUUUUCGCUGCAUCAAUGUAUAUGGAAUACUUAAUUUAAUAAACUAGUGAAUGUAGAUAUUAUGUUAUCAACAUUUGCCUCAUAUUAAAAUUUCUAUAUCCCUGGCAGUACUUCAUCUCUCAAAUUACUUGUCGAAUUAAAAACUCUAUUUUAGUGACUUUUCCAGAACCUUGAGAUAUGUUCGAGCCAGUGACAAUUUAUAUGUUAUUUAUGUGACGACCCGCGCGGGUGUUACCGCCCCUAGGGACCCUGUGUCAAUCAAUAUAAGUUUUGUAAUAAAUUCUUGUGUCGAGUUCAUUCAAAUACACCAUUAGCCGUCUUGAAGUUAAACACGAUACUCAGUCUCCAUUUGUCAUCAUUUACUAGUCCCUAGAUUUAAUGCUAUUCGUGUUUAACUUUAAGUCGGCCAGUAUGGGCUGACAAUAUUUUGUAAGGUUGAGUUUUUCUAAGGAAGAUGUGAAGGUUUAUCGUAAUGUUAAGGAUAUAGGCCAAAGUGUAGCAUUUAUUGUUAUUUAUGUACAAAUUCUGGAACCAUGCACAAUAAAAAGCAAUAAAUUAGUUUUUCUAUA